CAUGGAUGAAAUCCCAAUGGAUUUUCAAAACACUAAUUCCCCACCUUUCAUCAUGUUUCCCUUCCAUCCUCCCCCAAUCCAAAAUCCAGAAACUCUACCAAUUCCCAUCUUCAGAUCUCCCCAGAGUUGUUCUUAACCAUUUAGACUUAAGCCUCCUUUUAUCAGCCUCUGGGAAACAGGGAUACUUCCUUCUGGGUUCCUCCAUCCACGCUUCCUUUAUCAAAAACCCUGAAUUUUUUAACCAUGUGGAUUUUAAGGAUUCUAAUAAUGCUCUUGUUCUUUGGAAUUCUCUCCUUGGAAUGUACUCGAGAUGUGGCACUUUAACUGUUUUGAGCAAGCUGUUUGAUGAAAUGCCAAUGAGAGAUACCGUUUCAUGGAACACGAUAGUUUCUGGGGUUUUAAGGAACGGGGAGUUUGGUAAGGGUUUUGCAUACUUCAAACAAAUGAGGGAAUCGGGUUUUUGUUGGUUUGAUCAAGCGACGUUGACUACUAUUUUAUCGGCUUGUGAUAGAGUAGAGUUUUGUUCUGUUGUUAAGAUGAUGCAUGGAUUAGUAUUUUUCAGUGGAUUAAAGGAAAUUAGGGUAGGGAAUUCUUUGAUUACUUCGUAUUUUAAAUGUGGAUGCGUGAGUUCAGGGAGGCGAGUUUUCGAUGUGAUGUUUGAAAGGAAUGUUAUUACUUGGACAGCUACGAUCUCAGGUUUAGUGCAAAAUGAAAUGUACGACGAAAGCCUGGAAUUGUUUAAUCAAAUGCGUUCGGGAUCAGUGUGUCCGAAUUCUUUAACUUAUUUAAGCUCAUUGACAGCAUGUUCUGGUUUGAAAGCACUGAUGGAAGGGCGCCAAAUUCAUGGUCUUUUAUGGAAGUUAGGGAUUCAGUCUGAACUCUGUAUCGAGAGUUCACUAAUGGACAUGUAUUCUAAAUGUGGGAAUGUGAAUGAUGCAUGGCAGAUUUUUGAAUCUGCACAAGAUCUUGAUGAGGUUUCCAUGACUGUAAUUCUUGUAGGUUUGGCACAAAAUGGGUUCGAGGAAGAAGCUAAACUGUUUUUUGUUAAAGUGUUCAAGUCAGGAAUCGAAAUUGAUCCGAACAUUCUGUCAGCAGUUUUGGGGGUAUUUGAUGAGGAUACUUCAUUGGGUUUGGGCAAGCAGAUUCAUUGUUUAAGCAUCAAAAGAAGUUUUGGUUUCAACUCUUAUGUCAGUAACGGGCUCAUCAACAUGUAUUCGAAGUGUGGAGAUUUAGAGGAGUCAGCCAAAGUCUUCACUCGAAUGUCUCAAAGGAACUCAAUUUCAUGGAACUCUAUGAUUGCAGCUUUUGCUCGUCACGGGGAUGGCUGUAGAGCACUAAAAUUAUAUGAGGAAAUGAAAUCAGAAGGAAUAGCGCCAACUGAUGUUACAUUCCUCUCUUUGCUUCAUGCUUGUAGCCAUGUAGGCUUAGUCGAAAAGGGUAUGGAGGUCUUGAAGUCGAUGACUGAUGUUUACGGAAUUAUUCCCAGGGCAGAACACUAUGCUUGUGUGGUUGACAUGUUAGGCCGGGCAGGGCUCCUCAGUGAAGCUAAGACUUUCAUUGAGGGAUUGCAUGUUAAACCCAAUGUGCUUGUUUGGCAAGCAUUGCUUGGUGCUUGUAGCAUUCAUGGUGAUUCUGAGAUAGGGAAAUAUGCAGCUAAUCAGCUGAUUUUGGAAACACCUGAAAGUCCAGUGCCAUACAUAUCAAUGGCGAACAUAUAUUCUUCUCGAGGAAAAUGGAAAGAACGAGCAAGGACCAUUAAAAGAAUGAAGGAAAUCAGGGUGUCGAAAGAAACUGGUAUAAGUUGGAUAGAGAUUGAAAAGAAAGUCCACAGCUUCGUCGUUCAAGAUAGAAUGCAUCCACAAGCAGAGGCUGUGUAUGGGAUUCUGGAAGAGCUAUCGGAACUCAUGUUGGAUGAAGAUUAUGUGCCAGGCUAUGUUACUCCAACUCGAGUAAAGUGUCGAACAUAGGUAUAUGUAUGAUUUACAUGUAUUUGGAGGGUCGUCGGAGGAUUAUAUCCUUGUACCCGUGUCUAAGUAUGCAUUGGAUACAGGUGUCAAAACAUGGAUACUUAAAAAUAAAUAAAUAAAAAUGAAGAGCGGAAGCAACUCAGGUUCCAGGUAAGAUGUUUAUUCCAAGUUCCAUGCACCAAAAUUUUGUCCAUUAAUAGAGAAACUUGUUGAAUACAAUAUUUUGUAAACUUGUUGAUGUUUUAUCUUCAAUUUGAUCUAUAAUAACUCAGAACCAUA